GCCUGGCGCGACCCACAGGGCGCGACCCGCCCCCUCGCUCGGGCCCCGCCCCGCGCAGCGCGCUCUUCACUUCUUGGGGGCUUUUUUAAAACAGCGCCACUGGGGUCUUCUCCAUGCGGCUCGGGCUAUGACAGCCUCCGUGCUCCUCCACCGCUGGAUCGAGCCCACCGUCAUGUUUCUCUACGACAACGGCGGCGGCCUGGUGGCCGACGAGCUCAACAAGAACAUGGAAGGGGCGGCGGCGGCGGCAGCGGCGGCGGCAGCGGCGGCGGCGGCGGAGCUGGGGGCGGGGCUUCCCCACCCGGCUGCGGCGGGCGGGGGCAACUUCUCGGUGGCCGCAGCGGCUGCCGCCGCCGCCGCCGCCGCGGCCAACCAGUGCCGCAACCUGAUGGCGCAUCCCGCACCACUGGCGCCGGGCGCCGCGGCCGCGUACAGCAGCGCCCGGGGGAGGCGCCCGUCCGCCGCCGCCGCCGCCGCCGCCGCUGCCGCGUCGUCGUCGGGAGGGCCCGGACCGGCGGGGCCCGCGGGUGCCGAGGCCGCCAAGCAGUGUAGUCCCUGCUCGGCGGCGGCGCAGAGCUCGUCGGGGCCCGCGGCGCUGCCCUAUGGCUACUUCGGCAGCGGCUACUACCCGUGCGCCCGCAUGGGCCCGCACCCCAACGCCAUCAAGUCCUGCGCGCAGCCUGCCUCGGCUGCGGCCGCCUUCGCCGACAAGUACAUGGACACCGCCGGCCCCGCGGCCGAGGAGUUCAGCUCCCGCGCCAAGGAGUUUGCCUUCUACCACCAGGGCUACGCAGCCGGGCCUUACCACCACCACCAGCCCGUGCCCGGCUAUCUGGAUAUGCCAGUGGUUCCGGGGCUCGGGGGUCCUGGCGAGUCGCGCCACGAGCCUCUGGGGCUUCCUAUGGAAAGCUAUCAGCCCUGGGCUCUGCCCAACGGCUGGAACGGCCAAAUGUACUGCCCCAAAGAGCAGACGCAGCCUCCCCACCUCUGGAAGUCCACUCUGCCCGACGUCGUCUCCCAUCCUUCGGACGCCAGCUCCUAUAGGAGGGGGAGAAAGAAGCGGGUGCCUUACACUAAGGUGCAGUUGAAAGAACUCGAACGGGAAUACGCUACGAACAAAUUCAUUACCAAGGACAAACGGAGGAGGAUAUCAGCCACAACGAACCUCUCUGAGAGGCAGGUCACAAUCUGGUUCCAGAACAGGAGGGUCAAAGAGAAAAAAGUCAUCAAUAAACUCAAGACCACGAGUUAAUGGAUUAAAAUGCGGAGUAGAGGGCAGCUUGAAGAAACGCGUAAGGACUUGUUUCUUUGCCCAGAUCAUAAGAAUGCGUAAUAAUAACUGAAGAAUGGGAUAGAGAGACACUGACGUUUUGCUCUCCUAAGGGGACUCCUCUUCAAUGGAAUCUACAAUUAAAAAAAAAACUUAAGAAAUGGUAAAGAUUGCCAGUUCUCCCGACAACCCCACCAGACCGUUAAGUGACAAACUCUAGAGUCAACUCAUCAGUCCGUAAAACACACAAUUUCAGAUAAAUUAUGAAUUUACUCAAAUCUUGUAAGUAUUUAUGUGACCAUUAUAUUUUAGGACAUUGUGUUAGACAAUAAUCUGGAAAUUGGUUACAGAAACAAAGGCUGUUUCCACGUCGCUUGUCCAGCACCAUCCCCUUUGCAUGUUAAGUGCCUGCUCAGGUAAACCUUACUGAAAUUCCUACCAUUGUUCGCUCUGAAAAAUGUCUCAUGUAUAGGCUAGAAGGGGAAAGGCACUGAAUUUUUUUAUUUGAACUAUUGCUAAAAAGGGAGACAAGAGAGAAUGUUCCUCCAAGGAUCUUUUGUUUUGAUGGUAAAUAUGGCCAUCUAAACCUGUGAGGCUACAAGAGAACCCUGGGUGGUUAAAGAACUUCUGGAAAUACCUUUUAAUUACUUAACAGCAACCAUGCUGGAUUAACCCACUGUCGGAUUUUUCCACAGAAUUUGUUGUAAUUUUUGAAGUGUUUAAAUCUCACCAGAUAAUCUGAAGAAUUCACUUUAUGCCCCAUCUCCUGGAAGGUCCCACCCUGAGAUGGAUUUCUCCUAAAACACACUUUAUUUUUUUUUAAUUGGCAUUUUCCAAUAUUUGUUAAACAUUUUGCUAAAGACAUCAUUUUCCUUUUUUACUUAAAAAAAGAAACUCAAAAUAUUCUCCCCAAAAUAUUUAGAUGUCUACAUUCUAUAUUUUAAAUUACUAAAGGGUUAGGUUUUUUUCUUUCUUUUUUAUUGCGUUAGGAGACUGCAGUAGAAAAUUUAGGGAUUCAUCUUCACAGCACAUUUUUAAUCAAAGCAGUAAUUUCAAUUCACACAUUCGUUUUGUUCAUAUUCACUUUAAAUGCUAUCCUGUAAAUAAAGACAUUCAGCACACUG